CAUGUUCUGCAUUUAUUUAUUGCGCUUUACAUUGAUAGAUAUAUGUUUGUGCUGAUGGGGAUGUUCCUUCCACGACAGUAAUUUAUUUUGUACAUGCUUUUCUGUUUUUGUAAACGACUACAACGUGGAAGCAGUGUUCUUUCGCAGAUGCGGUGAUGGCAUUUUAGAUAAGUUGCCAUCUUCAUCAUCUAGGCAGGUUUUGUGUGGCGUGAAGACAUUGAAGACAUAUUGCUCAGUCAUGCCAAAGGUGCAGAAGAAAAUUAUAUUUUGUCUGGCUGGCACGUUAAGCUUUGUUUGUGCCCUCGGAAUCGCAGCAGUCCUUGGAACCCAGCUGUGGAUCAAAGCGACGAUUCUCUGUAAAACUGGAGCCUUGUUAGUCAACGCUACCGGGGAUGAGCUCGAGAAGUUUAUUGGGGAAAUCCAGUAUGGCUUGUUCUAUGGACAGAGAGUCAAGCAGUGUGGGCUCGGAGGGAGACCAACAAAGUUUUCAUUUUUUCCAGAUCUGCUGAGUGUUAUACCUGCCAGCGUACAUGUAAGUGUUGUCAUCUUCACCACAGCACUUAUCAUCUUUGCUCUGGUGGGAACCGGUUUCUUCAUGUUCAAUGCCUUUGGAAACCCAUAUGAGACUUUCCAUGGUCCUGUAGGAUUGUAUUUCUGGAGCUUCCUGUCAUCUUCCUGCGGCAGUCUUGUUUUGAUCCUCUUCUCUUCGGAAGUCAAAAUGCACAAUCUGACAGAGAAAAUUGCAAAUUAUAAAGAAGGAGGGUUUAUAUUCAAAACUCAGAGCGAGCAUUUUGAGAACUCAUUCUGGAUCGUUCUGGUUUGCACACUUGUGCACGUCUUAAAUAUCUUUCUAAUUCGAUUGGCUGGAUUUGAUUUUCCUUUUACUAAAUCUAAAGAUCUUGAUACAAGUUCUGGGGCAAUUGACCUAAUGUAUUAAGAUUACAGAGUACGGAACAUGAACAUUUAGAGAGGGCAAGCAAUAUUUGCUUGCCACUUGAAAAGGAGCACUAAUGUGGUAGUAUUCUUUAAAGAAGCAGGCUGAAACUCUCGGGUGAGGUGGCAGGUCUUGCCUAGUAGC